AUGUCAAGUCAAACUGCUCCCUCAAAUCCCACCGUUGAUCCCUACCAACACCUCCAAAUCGCCCUCAAUCCCGACGGCACGAUCACACGCCUCCAAGAAGUCCCGAACACUCCAACCACACCUGAUCCUAGCCACCCCACUCCAGUUCUCUCCAAAGACAUCCCUAUAAACCAAUUAAACAACACCUGGGUCAGAAUAUUCCUACCCAGAGAAGCACUUGAUCAUAACUCCUCCACUAAAUUGCCUCUCAUAGUUUACUUCCAUGGAGGAGGGUUCAUCCUUUACAGUGCAGCCUCAUCAAUUUCCCAUGAUCAUUGUGCCAACAUGGCAAUUGACCUCCACGUCAUCAUCGUAUCCGUGGAGUACCACCUCGCCCCAGAGCACCGGCUGCCGGCGGCUUAUGAUGAUGCUAUGGAAGCAUUACACUGGAUCAAAACCACCCCAGAUGAUUGGCUAAGAGAUUAUGCUGAUUUAUCUAGUAUGCUGUCUAGAAAAAAUAAUGGUCUGCUUUAUCUUAGAAAAAUCAAAAAGUAA